CAGAAUGGCGACAGGGAAAAUCAGCCGCCGGCGAGAUCGAGCUGAGACCCUUGUGGAAGCAGCGCUUCGAGUCCUCAACACAGCGGACCCAUUCGAGAAGGCGCAGCUUGGCGACUCAGUCGCUUCUCAGUGGCUCCAGGGGGCCAUCACUCAGCCCUACGACCCGUCUCUGGCCCUCCCCAUCCCAGAUCGCCCCGCCAGGCUCUCCAACGUUAAGUUGGUGUCACCGAGUCUCAUGCCGAAGCUUGGAAAAGCAGGUAGCUUGCAGAGUAGGCAGGCCAUUGUGCAUAGUCUUGUGCACACUGAGAGCUGGGCUAUUGACUUGUCUUGGGAUAUAAUAGCUCGCUUUGGUAAGCAAGCUGCAAUGCCAAGAGACUUCUUCACCGAUUUUGUUAAGGUGGCUCAGGAUAAGGGCCGACACUUCACUCUCCUUGCAGAACGGUUAGAGCAGUUGGGUUCUUUUUAUGGAGCAUUACCAGCUCACGACGGCCUCUAGGACUUUGCUACUGGCAUUGAAGAAAUGGAGCCAUAGUUACAAAUCAUGCAACUUGGUUCAGGAUUUUUGAGAUGAAUCGAUCCUAAUUUGUGGAGAUGGUUCCAUUUUCUUGAACUUCUCCAGAUAUUUAUCCUAUCACCGGGCUUGUACAUAGUGUGGACUCAUUUAGUUUUAAUGCAACACUGGAGUACACCCUUUCUCUGUGUUGUUCAAAUGUUCCAUCAGUGAAAGAUGUUUUAUAAAUCAUCACAAAUUUGAGUUUGAACACAGGCAAGAGGACUUGAUGUGCUGCCCACAACCAUUUCUUGGUUUCGCAAUGGAGGUGAUAAUGAGACAGCAGAUUUACUAGAGAGAGUGGUUUACCCCGAAGAGGUUACCCAUUGUGCUGCUGGUGUUAAAUGGUUUAAGUAUCUUUGCCUGAGGGCUAAAAAUCCUACUUGGGAUCAGGGCAGCAUGGCAUCUCCAGGUGGGUCAGGAGCAAGUGAAAAAACGCUAGGGGAAAAUGGAGCAAUUCAGAAGUUUCACUCGAUAGUGAGGACAUACUUCAGGGGACCAUUGAAACCACCUUUCAAUGAGGAAGCAAGAAAAGCUGCUGGGUUUGGCCCUCAGUGGUAUGAACCACUUGCUGUCAAAGAGGUUAGCUCUAGAAUGGAAACAAUAUUGUAAUUAGCAAAAAUAUUUUGGUAAAGCUUGUUUAGGACACUAGGAUCGCAUCUUAUAUUUCUUCUGACUUCUUAAGAGGCAAAUGCGUUUUUCCUUCUUUUUUUUUUUUCCCCUUUAUUUUAGAUGAGGCUGCCCACAAUGGGGUCAUAGAUUUAAUCAUAAGAAUCUGUUUUUGAAUGCAUAGAAUAGUGCCUUUGAAUCUGGGUUGUUUUGAUACAAUGUACGGUUUUAGGAAACGUUCUGUUUU